GAAUUAUGAUUGGAUGUUACUUCGAGUUUUGAAAUCUUACAAAUGAUUUUGGACAAUAUUAAAUCAAAUUGCAUGAAAACGCUUGACAGAAAUCAACGAUUUUUUUCACAAAUUGCAUUAAUACACUAGCAAUUAUUAACGUUAUGGAAUUAAAAGACAGACCAACCGGAAAAGAACAUUUCUUUCUUUGCGCAGAGAAACAGAAAGUUCUGCCAUUUAAUGUGACGUCACAGCCAUCUGAAAUUGGAGAAAGCGGAAGACAAAACACAGUCCAGAAAAAAUGCUUUUUUAAUCCAAGAUCACUCUCGGAAAAACCCUGCAAUGGUUCAUCAUCGCGUUUAAAAACCCAGCGUCGCUUCCGCACCACUUUCUCGAAGGGACAGUUGUCUGAACUAGAGAAUAUUUUUCUUCAAACUCAUUAUCCAGAUGUGUUCCAGAGAGAACUGCUCGCAAUGAAACUGGAUUUGACGGAGUCCAGAGUCCAGGUAUGGUUCCAGAACAGAAGAGCCAAGUGGCGGAAACAUCUCAAGGUGUCUCAUACGAAAAACUUUGAAGAUGAUUCGGUCCGUACACCUGCUACGAUUCCCUAUGAGAUAUUGCACAGUCCCAGAGAAAAAAGAUGCGACUUGCCUCAUUCGGAAUCACUAUCGAUAACUUCCGGCAGCAUGGGCGGCAUAUACGACCGGAAGUCAAGUCCAUAUUAUUGUACUUCGCCUCCAGACUACAGGCCUCGGUAUCAAUCGGUCGCAUUACCGCCAACCGACGAGGAGCAAGACUUUACAGUGCUUAUGUUAUAAUAAAUAAUUAUGUAUACAAGUACACAUGGAUAUUGCUGAAGAAACUACUGACAGAGUUGACAGACUGUUUUAUAAGGAUGCCGGGUGCUCACCAAAUUACCCAUCAGAUCAGCAAUAACAUUUUACAUUAGAUGAUUUUGGCCAUAAAUUAUUAAUUGAAAAAAAAAGAAACAAUCCAAAGAUUUAAGGAUUUACAAAAUUGAUUUUUUUUUUCCCAUUUAUUUUAUAACAGAGCUCUUCAUUCGAAGGAAAUUAUUAAUUGUCUAAAAAUGGUCACAGCCAUUCAGUCGUCUUGUAAAUGUAAUAAAAGAAAUAGUCAAAAUUCCAGCCUUCAAACGCUUUACAAUGUAUUUGAACUUUUCUCUGCCCAUCAGAAUUUUAGUAUAUUGUCUUGAUAUGUUUGCUCGGGUUAGGUGUACAAUAUAUGCUGUCAAGCAUCGUGGAGUAAUUAAAUGGAUGACUGAAAAACAAUUUGUGUUUUCUCGAGUUGAAUAAACUAUAUUUUUCUUGAUUUUAGAGGCUUGACAUGCCUUAAAAUGAGGAUUACUAUCGAAUAGUUCUAAGAGUAUAUGUGUCAUGCAAAUGUGUCAAAGCUCCCGUAAACAUGCAAUUUCAUGUAUCGAAUAAUUUUUUGAAAAAUUAUUGGUAAAAAAACGAAGUUAAGGUUUUAAAAAAUCCAAGCUAGGUAAUUAUGAUACAGAAAUAAAUAUUCUAUCAGUG